AUGCGACGGCCUAUAAAUACAUCGCGACUUUUAGUGAUUGUAUGUUCUUAUCAACUGUCGAUCGAACAAAUUUUAAAAAUGAUAGUUUUUAUCGGAAUAUUAAUACUUGCUUUCUUCAAUGGAGCUUCAUGUGCAGGUGAGCGACCAGUAGAUGAAGCUGUUUUGCGAACAUUGGAAGGAUCUCCGACGGCAGCAAUUUUUGAAAGAGAACUGGCGAAAGAUAUUAUAUUCAAUACUGUGUUCCAUUUUCUUACUGCAGUAGUUGGUGUGACAAUAGGCUCAGGUGGACGAUUAGUAUCUGCAACUGCCGCUACUUUUCCUGCACUUGUCAAAACUGGUGUUUCAAUGAAUUAUGCAUACGUCGAACCAUGCGGUUUAGUUGCACCCCAUAUACAUCCACGAGCAGCGUCAAUGAUAAUUGCUAUCAAUACUACAUUCUUAGCUGGAUACUGGGUAGAAAAUGCUACCGCCCCAGUAAUAAAUACUCUGCAACCAGGAGAUGCAACUGUGUUUCCACAAGGAUCAGUUCAUUUUGAAUUUAAUAUGGGCUGUGAGCCAGGCGUAUUUAUAGCAGCACGCAGCAGCGAGGAUCCCGGCUCUUAUACUGCCACAGGUUUUAUAUCACGGUUUCCACCCGCUAUUGUUGCUGCAACAUUGGGUUAUCCCGAAGGAGGUCUUGACUCAUUCAUAAAAGGUCUACCAGAUUUUCCAUCGAAGAAUGUUAAAGAAUGUUUACUUAAAUGUAAAAAGGCAACAUAA